UCUAUUUCAACACCCUGACAUGACAUAAAGGCGGGAGCUGAACCUCACAUUCGCCACUCAGACACACACCUCUUUCCUUGGGCAUUCGCUAGGUGAGGCGCUCCCUAGGACUGACUCGCUCCACUCAUGAACCUGCACCAGCAGCAGAAUCAUUUUCUGGAAAUAGACAAGAAGAACUGCUGUGUGUUCCGGGAUGACUUCAUUGCCAAUGUGCUGCCACCAGUGCUGGGGCUGGAGUUUGUGUUCGGCCUCCUGGGCAAUGGCCUUGCCCUGUGGAUUUUCUGCUUCCACCUCAAGUCCUGGAAAUCCAGCCGGAUUUUCCUGUUCAACUUGGCCGUGGCCGACUUUCUCCUGAUCAUCUGCCUGCCAUUCUUGACGGACAACUACGUGAGGAAGUGGGACUGGAAGUUUGGGGACAUCCCUUGCAGGCUGAUGCUCUUUAUGCUGGCCAUGAACCGCCAGGGCAGCAUCAUCUUCCUCACCGUGGUGGCCGUGGACAGGUAUUUCCGGGUGGUCCAUCCCCACCACGCACUGAACAAGAUCUCCAAUCGGACGGCGGCCAUCAUCUCCUGCCUCUUGUGGGGUGUCACCAUCGGCCUGACGGGUCACCUCCUGCACAAAAAGAUGUUGAUCAGGAAUCGAGAUGCGAAUUUGUGCAGCAGCUUUAGCAUCUGCCAUACCUUCAGGUGGCACGAUGCCAUGUUCCUCCUGGAGUUCAUCCUGCCCCUGGGCAUCAUCCUGUUCUGCUCGGCCAGAAUCAUCUGCAGCCUGCGCCAGCGGCAAAUGGACAGACACGCCAAGAUCAAGAGGGCCAUCAACUUCAUCAUGGUGGUGGCCAUUGUCUUCAUCAUCUGCUUCCUGCCCAGCGUGGCUGUGCGCAUACGCAUUUUCUGGCUCUUGCACACCACGGGUACGAUGAACUGUGAUGUCUAUCGCUCAGUUGACCUGGCGUUUUUCAUCACCCUCAGCUUCACCUACAUGAACAGCAUGCUGGACCCUUUGGUGUACUACUUCUCCAGCCCAUCUUUUCCCAACUUCUUCUCCACCCUGAUCAACCACUGCCUGCGGAAGAAGACACCACAAGGGCCAGAUAACAACCAGAGCACAAGCAUGGAGCUCACGGGGGAUCUGAGUACAACCAGGAGUGUUCCAGACACUUUAAUGGCCAACCCCAGUGAGCCGUGGAACCCAUCUUAUCCAGCCCCAGCUUCUCGCUAAAUAAUCGAGCCAAGAAGAGAGAUUGUUACUGAGAACCAAGUCUCUGGAGAAACGGUUUGGCUGGGUGCACAGAGUACCAUCGUUAUCCCUGGCCUGUGGUUUCCUGGAACUUCCAGAUUCAGAGAAUCAGACUUAGAGAAGUGGUGUAGCAGAGUGGGCUGCCUGGUUGCAGAAAGUCAGCAGAGGAAUCUUGGGGGGAACAGAGAGUAAAGCCUCUGAAACUUCUGCUCAAUCUCUGACACUCACAGGACCGAAGACGGCAAAACUGUCCUCACCUUCUGCUGAGUAGAGUUGGAGCCACAGAGAUGCCCAUCAGCACCUGUGAUUCACUGACCUCUUUCCCUCCCUUGCCUGAGAUGUGGAUGGUUCUCAGCUCCUGGGGAGGGAGUGGGUAUCCAGCCUGUUGGUGGACUCCAGCUGAGACAAGCAGAGCUAAGUGACUGGAGGGGAGUUAUUGCCCCGGAAGGGAGGCCAGGCGUCAUUAGCCGAGCCAGUAGGUCACUUACGUUCCAUGGAUUCAUCUCUCAGCCAAGCUUUAGCAGAAAAGCACUAGGCAAAGAGACUCACAGCUUUGGUUAAUAUCUGAGUUUCCAGUAGUGGGAAGAGAGGGAUUAGCCAGGGAGGGACAGAGCAAAACAGUCUUACUAAGAAAAAGGAAAGGCGUGUAUGCUACGACCUUCGGCUAAUCCGUUCCUUUCUUGUUGACACUAAUUUGAAGGCUGAGCAGUUAGAGACUUUGGAGAAGAUAGCCGCUUCCCACCUCUGUUUGCUUUUGUCAUUAAAAGGGAGAUGCUGUGCAGCAAUCCGAGGGAGAAGGUGCCUCCUGGUUCGUUUGCUCGUGUUUCUAUCCUUAUGGGAAAUCUACCAUGUCAAUAAACUUGGAUGUGAGACA